AUGAGUCCUUCAACGAGUCUAGACAAAGAUGAACAGGGAAUCCCUGUUGAUGAAACUAAGUAUCGUGGAAAGAUUGACUCAUUAUUGUAUCUGACUGCAAGUCGAUCGGAUAUUAUGUUCAGUGUGUGUAAAUGUUCCAAGUUUCAGUCAGCUCCUAAGGAAUCUCAUCUGACGGUAGUAAAGAGAAUCGUUCGAUAUCUCAUUGGGACUAUCUCCCAUGGACUAUGGUAUCCUCACUCUAACUCUUUUAAAUUAGAAGGUUUUUCAGAUGUUGACCUUGCAGGUGAUAAGGAAAAUAGAAAGAGCAUAUGUGGUACAUGUCAAUUAAUUGGAAAGGCAUUGAUAUCCUGGAACAGUAAAAAACAAGCAUCAGUUGCAUUAUCUACUACUAAAGCUGAAUACAUUACUAUUGGAUAA